GGCCCAGCUGACCGGGAGGCACCGCCCCUCUCGCUCACGUUGCCAUGACAGCGUCAGCUCGAACGACGGCGACGACAGUCCCGACGGCAGGCAGGUCGGUGGCGGCCGGCGCCGACGGGAGGGCGUUUGGGCAUCGGGGAAGCGGGGCGAGAAGAAAUCGUGCUCCUGGCAUCGGCGCUCUCAUAAGGCACAAAAAGAAAGUCGGAGGCCACCGUCAACGCUUACGUGGCUCCUUAAUGUCGCAAAAAUGCCAUCGACAUUUACAUCGCGGCAGCUUCGACAUCGGAAAAUAUAUCGAUAUACGAUCGGCGCACUAGUGAGGAUUUCAUGGCUCGAAAAAGCGCUUAACGACGACUUCUUUCGGAAAGCGACUCGGAAAAGCGUCCCGCUUAAAGGCGCUCCGUCGCACCGCCGGUCAAUGUCCGCAACAACCGUAGCGCCGCAAACGACCAGAAUUCGAGCGGAAGUUCGGAAGCAGCCGGCUGACCGCACGCGUGUACGGUACUUUCACAGGAAGUGACUUCCCUACAUGCAAAUGAGCAACACCAUUUUUCUCAUUUUACUUUCUUGAGAUUGCCUUUUAUCGUUACCUCACCGUUAGUGGCUGAGAUAAAGAGAUUUACACUUCAAUGAAAGGAUAUUUUGUCGCGACAAUGAAGCGGCGCGCUUCCCAGCACGCAUUGCGCCACGCGAGGAUGAACCGCGGCCGUUAGAAGGGCGUCGAUCCUCAUCGUUGGCGUGUGCUCGUUCGCGCCCGAGGUUUCCGUCGCUCUUUGUUUGCACGAAACGGACCGCGGCUCGCGUCUGACCUCCCGGCCGGUUCCGCCGCCGGCCGGGCGAGACGACGCGACGACGAUGCUAAUUUCCGCGACCCGUUCGACAACGCCUCCGGACCAAAAGAGCCUUUGUUUUCUUGGAGCGCCACGAUGUCGAGAUCGGCACGGAAAGGCUUCACUGCUGAUAUCGGAGGCAGAGGGCGCAGCAACUCAUCUGAGGGGGCUCGGCCCGCGCGUGCCCCCUCGUGACGCCGCCACCGAUGUAACGUCGCCUGACCAGCGUGAGUGCGCGCGUGUGCGUGUGUGCGUGUGUGCGUGUGUGCGCGCGCGCGUGCGUGAACACCAGGACAGUGCAACAUCCUCCGCCCACUCUCCUCUCCAAGUGACGAUGCGAGGCUCCUCCCCUUCCCCCGAUUCGCUGCUGUCGCCUCGUAGCUCCGCCUUCUCCUUCGACACAUCACUGGUGCGUCGCCCGCCGGAUGAGGCCGGGACCCCACGGGCGCGCUACCACCAACUGACCAAUGACACGUCUCAAGAGGCUCUGGCCACGCCCACCAGCGCGCUCUCCAAGUCCUGCCCCGCCUCGUCCGACGCCUCGCCCGUUUACACACGAAGGAGCAAGAGGCCUGACAGCGAAGUUCUGGUGUCCGAGUCGAGUCGCGACUCGAGUCCCGCCGACCCGGGUCCGGUGCCGCCGGACCAGAAAACCAGAAGACGCUUCCUGGAUUUGGGCGUGACUCUCAGGCGCUCCUACCUCCGAGCGAAGAAGGACAAGCGAGCGGGCGAGGCGGCCGGCGGGGACGCGUCCGAGAGUCUCCGAGAGCGAGAGAGUUCAUCUUCGCGAGCGUCCUCUGUCUCGUUUUCUUGGUUCUCCUCUUCGGGAACGCCGCCGGGAUCCCCGCAAACGCACGCCGCCGACGCACGCGCACCCCCAGAGUCCCGCUCGCAGGAGUCGACUUGGAGCGAGGACUUUUCUCGUCCUCCGACGUCGCCGUCCGGGUGUCCUCACGUGGAGUUGUCGGCCUCCGUGUCGGCGCACCCCUACCGCACGCUCUCGCAGUCUUCUGACGAGGUCACGCGCACGCACAAAGAUGAAAAAAUGCCCGGCGACGAGCCGUCGUGUCCGGCGGGGUCUUGGACGAGUCGGCAGGUGUGCGAGUGGCUGCGGGAUCUGAGCAUGGAUCGCUACGUCCCAGAGUUCCGAGCCGGAGACGUGGACGGACGCUCGCUGCUCCAGUUGGACGGCGGAAAGCUCAAGGGUCUGGGCGUGCUCAGUUCGUGCGAUCGCGGCGCUCUGAAGCGGCGCAUCAAAGUCUUGCGGACGGCGGCGGAGAAGGAGAAGGAGAAGAAGAGCGGCAAGCAGAAGGGCAAAGAACGCAGAAAGCGGCCCGAGCAGCGCAGGACCUGAACGCACCGCGCGCCGGCUGUCAGCCAAUCAGAUUGCGGCCUCGUUUCAAGUUGGACGUCCAAAUAUGGCCCAAGUGCAUUUCCCCCCCUCUCGCUCAUAUGCAAAUGAGACGCAAAUGCUGUUAACUAUGGAUCUGUGUAAGAACAUUUAUUGUCACGCUUUCCAAUAAAAGACUUUUAUUGUGAAAGAACAGGAAGUGGCCCUCAUUAAGAGAAGCAAAGGCUGUUUGAAAUCCUUCGCUCAUUCCCAACUCCCCAAUCGCUACUUUUCA